ACAUAGCGUGUACAGGUGACGACUGACGGCAUAACGCAAAGGACUGUAUUCCGUAUGUGUUGACAUAAUAAUUCUUCAGAUUUUUCAACUGUUUUUCACAGUUGAAAUCAGCUGGUGAAAAUUAUUUGAUUAAUAAUGAUACCGAAGGAGGAAUCCGAUAUCGAGGUUGAAGAGGCGCCGGUACCGGAACAAAAAGUUUAUUCGUUAGAAAUAUUGAAAAUCAUCAAAGAAGCCCAACAGCAACAUGGUUUGAGACAUGGAGAUUACCAAAGGUAUAGAGGUUACUGUUCAAGACGCCUACGUCGUCUGCGAAAGGUCCUUAAGAUUACUCAAGGUGAUCGAAGGCACUUUAAACGUCGUGAUGUUUUAGCAGAAAUGGUAAGAGAUGAUAAAUUUUUGCAAGUUCCCCUUACUUUGGCUGAAAGAGCAUGGAGUUAUGCUAUGCAACUACGACAAGAAGCAAAUACUGAGCCUCGUAAGAAGUUCCACUUAAUCUCAAGACUGAGAAAAGCUGGAGCUCAUGCAUUACAAUUACAGCAACUCAUAGAGAGUAUUGAUUGUGAUCCAAGAACAAAGUUAGAAGCACAAGCAUAUGUUGCUUACAUUGAAGGGUCAAUCAAUUUUGAGCUUGAAGUUUGGGGACCAGCUAUGGAAAAUUUUAAGAAAGCUCAAGUUGUCUAUCAAAAUUUGGCAAAUGCUCUGCCUGAGCAUGAACAAGGUAUUUACAAAGCUAGAGUUGAAGAGUUAGCUCCUAAUCUUAGAUAUUGUGCAUACAAUAUUGGAGAUACAACAGCAAUAGAUGAUUUGAUGCAAAUGAGAGGAAAACUAGGUGGCGAUUUGUUGAACAAUUUGGACUCUUUAAUAACUCAAACUCAAGAAAAGCAGGCUAGUACAGAAGAGAUAUCUUGGCGAGGAAAGUCUUGUGGAACUGCAUCACCAAAAGUUGCAGCACUACUUAUAGCAGAUUCUAGAUUGAAAAGCACAUUGGAUAAGGCUUCCAAUAAUCAAGCUAAGGUUGACAUACUUGAUGCACAUCUGAUAGAUUGCAAAGAUGCAGUUGCAGCUGUACGUGAGGAAUUCAGAAAUGAAUUAAAGGGAAAAGAUGUUGAUAAGCCGCAACACUUGAUAGCAUAUUUGCAAUAUAUCAAAUUAUCAAGAACUUUAGAAAGAAAUUUAAUUCUAGUUAAGAUUGCCGAAGAGUCAGAGAAAGCAAAAUCUCAAGAUAUUGUAAGAUUAUAUGAAGCCGCUUUGCAUAAUCUUGUGGAAAUGUCUCAAUUACAAGAUGACGAAAACUUUUUACAAGAGCAUGAUUCUAAAACUAAGGGUUAUAGAGCAUUCAGGUGCUUUUACAUGGCUAAAUCGCUUGCUAAUCUUCACAGAUGGCGAGAAGCUAUGGCUUUGUAUCAAAGAUCACUGCAGCAUGUUAAAGAUGCAAUGGAACACAAAACUUAUUUGCCAGAUGAUUUGAAAAGCGAUUUAGCCAAACUAAUAUCAUUGAUUGAAGGUGCACAGUGUGCGGCUCAUGCGCAUAGUGUUCUAGAAGAGGAUCAAGAAGAAGAUACUGGUGCAAACAAGCAGGUGAAGAGCAAAAAAAUGCUCUCUGAACGUUUACAUGAGUAUGUUGAGGAUCCAAGUUUAUUGACCAAGCAGCCAAAUGUUUGUAAAAUACCACCUCCUAUGGAAUGUAUUCCUUGCAAGCCUUUAUUCUUUGACUUGGCUGCCAAUUCAAUUGAGUUCCCUGAUUUAUCAGAAAAAAUGCAAGAUCCAAACAGAAAACAAGAUAGGGGUGGUAUUGCUGGAUUGGUUAAAGGCUUUUGGGGAUGGGGUAAUCGAUAAAAUUUAUUUUUACUUCCAUUUGGUACAUUUGUACAACGAAAUACAUUUUUUUUGUUUCUAUAUGAUUUUAAAAUUAUUAUAUUGAUACCGUUGAUUCUGUAAUAAAAUUUUCAAUUAAGAAAUUUACUUAAUU